AUGGACAGCACUUAGAUUGUUUUACCUCCUCGUCAUUAACGUUGGUUGAAUGGUAACACUCAUUGUAAUAAUUAGGAUAUGAAUACUAAGUUCUACUUUAGAAUGCUCCUAAUUAGAACAUACCUAUAUUUCAUUCUCAUCCCUCGGAAAUUUAUUACCAACCAAAAAGUAUAUUUAUAAAAUGGAGAUUUUAGAUGGUUAUCUAUAUAUCUUAAGGUCAGCUAUAUUAAGCAAUAUAGGAUAAUUCUAAGAAAUUGUUUAAAUGGAAAAAGAUGAAUUUUUACUGCCAAAACAUAAACCGUAAGUGUCAUAUAUUGCUUGUAGUAAAGAAACAGAUAUUCCACAUUUUCGUAUGCAUAUUGUUUAAUUAUAUGGUCAACAUGAUAACCCUGGGAUCCUACUUUGUCAUAUUCGUCUAAUGAAUAAUUCAAUUUCAUCCUUACCCCAUAUUUAGACUCAUUCAUAUUAGACUUAUGAAGAGAUACGUAAUUGUGGGUAGCGUCUUACUGAUUGCAUUACGAAGUCAUUGGAGGUUGCUCUUGAAGUUGAAUAAGUUUAAUUAAGACUUACAUUAUUUGAUGAUGAUUACAAUUAUUUAUAAUAGAAAUUUUACACAUUAGAAUAAAGAUAGGAAAUUACUAAAUUGUAUUCAAAUCUAAUCAAACAGAAUCAAACAUUUGUAAAUGAGUUGAGAGAAUGUGAAGAAGUGUUGCAACGAUAUGAAUCCUUAUGA